AUGGCUUCUGAAGUUUAUCGAAACUUGACCUGGGCGAAGACCACGAGGACCCGAUGGGAACGCGAUAUCGACGAGGCUGAAGAGUUCUACCAUGUCAUUUCCAGGGUUUAUGAGGGCAGCGGCCGUAUGUUUUUUGCCAUGACCGGGUUCAUCUCGUUGUCAGUAGACGUGGGAAACGAUAUCAAACUCGAGAAAGCUGAACAGCGUGUGGAACAGGCGCUCCGCAAUGCUUGGCUACAUCUGCGAUACAAUCACCCCAACAUCGCGUCCUGGGUCGAAUACGAUGGCGCAAGCGAGAAAUUUCGAAAGGUGUAUGAGGCUUGUGAGGAAGAGAGCGACCAGCAAGCAUGGCUUGAGUCUACUUUCCACAAGAUCUCUACCUCCGGGACUGGAAUUGAAUGGGCCAACUCGGAUCCCCCUGCCCCCAAACUUCCCACACUUUUUGUCAUCAAAUCAGACAAUCACGAAAGCAAAGACGGGACGAUUUACCGUGAUAUCGUCUUCCGCUCUCCUCACGAAAUCAUCGAUGGAAUAGGGACCCUUCAAUUGCUCGACAAUCUCUUCAUCCUUGCAUCUCGAGCGUAUAAUCAACAGUCAUCUUAUCAAAUUCCAGCGUUUGGAACCGAGGUCGAUAAUCUCACCCCACCCUUACGUGUGGCGGCGUUGAUUCCACCAUCUUUGUCGGCAGAACAGCAACAGCGACUCGAACAGAUUCUGGCAGAGAAUGCUCAGUUGCGCCAUGGUGUCGAGAUUGCUUGCCUCCCUUUCAAAGUUGGAGCCGAGCUUCCCGGAGUUCACAAGCGCGUGGCCCUAACAUACUCCCGUCAGGAUACGCAGAGCCUGCUCCUCGCUUGCAAGGAAAGAAAUAUAACCGUCACACAUGCGUAUCAUGCCGCUAUUGCUAUGGCGCUGCGAGACUUGCAAGAAAAGAGGCACGAGAACAGACGAGUAAGAUACAUUAGUUACUGUCUCAUUAAUCUUCGCAAACAUUGUACGGCGCCUUACAAUACUCCGACACAUCCGGUAUCCGUGAUUCACUCAAGCUCAGGAAGGAGUCUCGUAGUGGACCUAGAGGUGCCUCCUAGCAAGGAAGGUGGUCGUGCAUCCACCAAGAGAAGGAACGAGUUCACUGAGGUUGUCGCAGGGGUAAGAGAUUUCUACCUCUCGAUCCGCGACGACAAAGAACAUCUUUCUCGAGUGCCAACGUACUGGAAGUCUGGAGUCCCUCGUUUGCCAGAGUCGGCGCUGCUUUCCAGAGAAGUCUUCAAAGUACCACCGCCCGAUCCGUCGCCCACAGUGUCCAUUUCCAGCAUGGGACGCAUUGACGAUAUCAUUGCACCAGAGCACGGGGAAUUCAAGCUGCAUGACCCAUGGGUAACAGGAGAAGAGCUGAGGUCAGGCUUAGGCUUAUUCCUUGGGAGCUGGAAAGGACAACUGACGUUGAGUGCUGCCUACAAUGACGCCUGGCAUGAGGGAGGUGAGGUUUUGCGGUUCUUGAAGUCGUGCGAACAAAUUGUCUGGCAGGGACUUGGGAUUGACUGCCAUUGA